GCCUUCCUCUUUAACCCCAGAGAGAACUCUCAGGGCUCAGUUGCCUGAGAGCAACACUGCGAUUCAGAUGAUGGAGAAUCUUCUCAUUCCUCUGAAAAGCCUUAUUGCCACAUGGCUGAGCCCCAGCCCCAAUACCUUUGCGAUGGAUAUGAUCCUCGCCUUUGUGGGUGGAGUGGGGCUCUUCCUUUUGUUACUGCCCUGGCUCCAGGAUGAACCAACCUUACGGCCAUCAUCAUUGAGGAAAACUAGAAAGAUCAGAAAGCAUCCAGUGCUGAUGAGGUGGAAGAGCAGGAGGAAGAGGACAGCUGCUCUUCUAGACUACCAGAUUUACUGGAAGUUGGAUAAAAAGCUAAUUUCCCUUAUGAAAAGAUUGCAGAGGCUGUUACUUGGCCUAGGACGCUCUCAACAGCCUGUAUACCUACACCACUCUGCUGAUGUGUGUACAAGAACAUCUGUCACAGCCCCUCAGCUAGAUGAGGAGAAAGCAGACCCUGCUGCUCUAGCCCUGGUAGAGGCGGCCCCCUCUGCUCUCAUUCUGCACCUUCCUCCUCCGGCCUCCUUUCCAUCACUAGGCCCAUCAGCAACCUCCUCCGAUUUUGUGUGUUCACCCACAUCCCUUACCAACUCUCAAACCUUGGAGCCCCUGCUUCCCCUGGGAAGACAUUCACCCUGGCCACUUGCACGUUCCCUUUCCCUACCAUGUCCCCCAGAUCCUGCCACAACCUCACAACCCUGGUGGGACCCAAAAGAGAAGCAGCUCGGUCCUCAGCAAUUCUCAGGUCCCCAGAUCCUGGGGGUCUACUUUUGGCAGAAAUGGACCCAGCUUUUCUGGGGUCUGCCCUCUCUGCAGAGUGAAUCCGUAACAGCUGCUGCCAGGAUCUCUCAGAGCCCUCCCACUCCACACCUUCCCACCUUCUUAUUCAACAGAACCUCACCUGUUUGCCCAGUUCACACGCAGGAUCCAAUGUCCCUGCUGCUUUCCCUGGGCCAGGAUCCAUCCUGUCUGGAGCCCCGAUCCCCACCCCAAUCCCAGCCCCCAGCUCUGGGUCAGGCCCAGACUUGGACCCACCCCCAAUCCUCCUCCCCCGUCCUGUUAGCACCUUCUCUGCCCCUCAGUAGGGGCUGUGGAGCAUCCCGUUCUACAUCCCAUAGCCCACAGUCACUCAUCGCAGAUGAAAUGCAACCCUCAGGAAGGCCCUUGUCGAAGAAACACCUAGAACACGGGCGGACUGUUCCCUCAGCAGUCCGAAGCCCUCAGGAGGGUUACUGUCCCUCCACUCCCAACCUUUGCCAAGGCAAGGGUGCUGCUACCACUCUUCAUGAGAGUUUUUCAAUCAGCUCUGAGGACUGGGAAAAACUAGAGCAACACAUUCGAAAGUGGCACAUUCAUCACCAGUGGAACCCGCCCUGCAGGAUCCAGGAGUCUCCAGAACUCACACAGCCUCAGUGUGACUUAGCUCAUUCACCUCAGGUAAAGGACAAACCUGGGCUCUCACAGUCAUCCGUGUCUACAGAUGAAUGCAGCAAGGAUGUGCAGAAGAUGAAGUUCCAGCUAGUGAGGGACUCAGGCAAGAAUUUGGGGCAUAUUCUAUGCAAGGUACCCAAAGAUCUCUCCAGAGACCUAGGAAGCUCCCCAGUGAAGGUUCUGGAGACAAUCUCUGAGGAGUCAGAGAGAAACCUGAUGUGGCCCAUGGACAGUGACACAAGAAAUGACUCAUCCGGAAGCAGAGAUAAGACAUCUCUAGUAGGCAUGCUGAAAGCACAUUUGGAUGUGAAGAUGGGGCAGAUCCACGAGGGGCUGAUCCCUCUGAGAGUGCGCCGGUCCUGGCUCGCUGUCAAUGCUGUCAUUUCCACAUCUCACACCCACAAGGAAACCAGAAAUCCAGCAUCCUCCAGGGGUCAGGAAACCUGUGUGAGCACCAUCCAGUUUUUCUCCAAUCCACACACUCAGCAGGACCUGGAGAUGCAGAAUACAAGGUGUAGGGUGAGGCACAGGUGGGGCCUCCCCCUCAAGCUCCUCAAGGUGGUAAAUGCCUUUAAGUCUACGAAGGCUGCGCCCUCACCCUUUCCACAGUGUGCCCAUCCCUCCUCCUCUGGGCGUGUGUCCUGGGCCGACUUGACAGCGGAGGAUGAGGCCAAAUUCCUGGGAAAACCACCUCAGGGAUGUCCGGGAGAGGAGGCGACAGUCAGGCAGUCUGUCUGCGCACUGGGCAGUCUCCUUGUCUCCUCUAUUUCAUGGAAGGAGACUGAGAGGGCCCUAGCAGGGAUCCCUCUUGGUGAUGGCUUGGGGUCCUCAGAGGCCCCCCUCACUAGACAGGACAGUGCGAGGCCUUCACAGCAACUCACAUCCAGCCUCAUGGACAGAACCCAUGAGAGCAGGACCACCCAAAGGGUUGGCAGAGGCAGCCCAGAAGUCCCCUUGCUUCCUGGAAUAUGUGUCACCCAAGAGGCAGGAGAGCCAAGCCUUUGGGCAGACACUGGAUACAAGUUUCAGCACGGAGUGGAGGUCACAUCAGUGAGCCAUUGUCAAGCCUGUGUCUCAGGUGCCAACCUUCCAGACUGUCCCACUGACUCUCUCUGUGCUUCACACUGUUUGCCGUCUCCAGAGUCCCAGUGCCAUCACAACAGCAUGCCUCUAGGGGACAUGCUAGCUUCACAGCUGUUAGGUGACCUAAUGGCAGACAGAGGGAGCAACCUGGGGCAGCAGAAGCCCCAGAUCCCGAAACAUCAGCACUCACUGACGAGCCAAAGCAAGACGUCUGUCCCUGCUGACAAGCAUGAGGUUGGGAGGAGCCCCAGCUCAGGAAAACAUGAAGACAAGUUGGGAGACUUGGGGACCUGUGAGCCCAGCCAGGAUGGGGGAAUAGAAGACACCUCAGAGAGUAAAUGCCUUCAGCUCCCACAAAAGAAACCAGUCCCCUCAGAAGGCUAUAGAAGCACGAACAAAUUACCAUGGUGCAUUUUACCUAAGAAAGAAAUUAAAGGGCAGGAAGACACCCAGAAAAAUGGCAAGCCUGCACCCGCCAAGGCCCAGAGUCAGAGACCAGCCAAAAACAGACCUCGCGUGGACCACAACACUGAUGAGGCUGAGCAGCUCAAGACAGCAGUUGCACAGAGGCUAGAAGCCAAAAUGAUGCUUCAGCAUGAACUUUGUGCCUUGAAGUUCAAUCAGCACAAAGAGGAAGAAGGUCACACCCCAGUCUCCCAGGUUUCCUGCUCCUCAGAGCACGGGAGAAAGCCAAGACAUGCAGCCACCCCCAAGUGCCACAGCUGUCCUACCAGGGAGAGGCACCUCUGUGGCCAAGAGUCCUUGAAAACUAGACAGCUCAACAGUGAGCAGCAGGGCCAGGGGGAUGCCCACCCCUCCUUCCCCAUCAAGGCUGUGUCCCCAGACAGCCCCUCCCAGUGUGGCCCAACAGUGUCCAGGGCACCAGGCCAACGACAUUACUGUCCAAGGCAUGGUUUUCAGAGAGGUGUCUUGACUGGACAACAGGGAAAUUUCUCUCCAGGCUGUCUUAGUAAGAAAACAUAUGUCCAAGAAAAAAAUAAUCUAUAUAGAGGAAAAUGAUUUUUCUCAUGUUAUGCA